AGAAAGGCCCAAGGUCAAAAUCAAGCGCCACGCACGAUGCCGAUAACCGCAUAGAAAACCAACCGACCCUACGGGUACAACACCGACGAACUGAGGGAGAGGGAGAAGGCUAAGGAGCGUCGUUUCAUUGCAUUUCUCUCUUUUUCUCUCUUCAUUAUAUCCAUGGCAUCGUACCUCUGGGAAGCCACCGGCAUCGCCGGCCCUAGCGGCUUCGGAUCCGCCUCCACCGCCGAGCAGGUCACCCAAGGCAUCGACGCCUCCCAUCUCACCGUCAUCAUCACUGGGGGCAGUAGCGGGAUUGGAGCAGAGGCUGCGAGGGUGAUGGCCCUUAGAGGAGCCCAUGUCAUCAUCGGUGCUAGGAACACUGAAGCUGCUAAUAGCGUCAAACAGAGUAUUCUAGAGAACACUCCAUCUGCCAGAAUUGAUGUCAUACCCAUCGAACUUAGCUCACUUAAAUCUGUCCGAGCAUUUGCUGAAAAAUUCCUUGAAAAAGACUUGCCUCUCAACAUCUUAAUAAACAAUGCCGGUAUCAUGUACUGUCCUUUUCAAGUCUCAGAGGAUGGAAUAGAGAUGCAGUUUGCUACAAAUCAUCUUGGUCACUUUUUGCUGACAAAACUUCUACUUGAGAAAAUGAAAAGCACAGCAGCAAGAACAGGAAUUGAGGGUCGUAUUGUGAAUCUAUCAUCAGAAGCUCACAUGACAACAUAUGGAGGAGGAAUCCGGUUCGACAAAAUCAACGACAAAGAUUCAUACAAUGACAAAUUGGCAUAUGGACAGUCCAAAUUGGCCAACAUAUUGCAUGCCAAUGAGCUCGCUAGGCGCUUAAAGGAAGAAGGCGCAAAUGUCACUGCAAAUUCACUUCAUCCUGGUCUGAUCAAGACAAACUUAGGGAGACACUCUGCUUUUUUUGUCACUGCGUUGAGAAUUGCAACUUACGUCUUGUGGAAGAGCAUUCCUCAGGGUGCAGCAACUUCAUGCUAUGUAGCAUUGCAUCCAGACGUGAAGGGAGUCAGUGGGAAGUAUUUCGCUGAUUGCAACGUAUCUAAGACGACUGCUAACGGUAUUGACGAACUACUAGCAACAAAGCUUUGGGACUUCAGCGAGGAACUAGUUAAAUCAGGUUAGAAUAUGUGAAUCUUGUUUAUCUUUGUUGUUUCGUGUAAAAUUUCUCCCUGACAAGCUUUGAUGGACUCGGUUGUUUGUUGAUGCUGGGGAAUAAUCUACUGUGACCCUUAAAUCUGUAUUAUGUUCUUUACUAAUAAACUGCGACUAAUAUGUAAAUUAUACCGUCUUGUAAUAGUAUAUAUAUAAACUAGCCAAGUUUUAAAGUAUGCUAUUGAAACUAA